GGCAAGGUUGGACUCUCACCUGGUUGAUGGACUAACCUCUUCCUGAGAUUACUCUCUUGGGAACAUCACCGGUCUGAGGAAGGACAUGGCCUCUGUUUCUUCCCUCCUACGAGCCUGGAUUUUGCUCUCCCUUCAUGGCUGUGUCACAAGUUAUCCUAAGCAAGCAGACUCCGCGGCAGAAGACAUAAGAAACUGUACCAUUAAUCCACCGUACUUGCCUCCCACGGUUAUUGUGACGGAUGAGCGGCUGAAGACCCUACGUGAGCACAUGAAAACCCACAAGCUGUCAGCCUAUAUUGUGCCUAACACAGAUGCACACCUGAGUGAAUAUGUCGCAGAACGGGACAAGAGACUCAGUUGGAUGACGGGCUUUUCAGGAUCAGAAGGGACUGGCGUGAUCACUCUGCAGAAAGCCGCUCUCUUCACGGACAGCCGCUAUUGGAUCCAGGCUGAACGUCAGAUGGACUGCAACUGGGAGCUGCAAAAAUCUGUGUGGAUUAACUCCAUUGGGCAAUGGAUACUCAAGGAAGUUCCCGCUGGAGAAACCAUUGGAUUGGAUCCCUUCCUCUUUUCUGUUGAUACUUGGUUCAACUAUCACCAGGUACUGGAAGGUACAAAUAGGACCUUGGAGUUCCUAGAAGUUAACCUGGUGGACCUCGUGUGGGGCAGCGAGCGGCUUCCUCCACCCACCAACACAAUCUAUCGCCUCGCAGAUGACUUCAUGGGAAGUACCUGGCAAGAGAAGGUUGCCAGUGCUCGGAAGCAGAUGGAGGAACACAGCAAGAAGCCCACAGCAAUCUUGCUCUCUGGCCUUGAGGAGACGGCAUGGCUCUUCAAUCUUCGAGGAGAUGACAUUCCUUACACCCCCGUCUUCUAUGCCUACACUCUUCUCACCAAGACAGAUAUCAGUCUGUUUGCGAACCGGAGUCGGUUGAGCAAAGAAGCACUCCAGAUGUUGACAGCAGGGUGUCCAGAAUCUCCGUGUGUGAAGGUGGAAGACUAUGAGCAGAUAGGUGCCAGCUUGAGAAAAUAUGUCCACCAAGAUGGGGUGAUCAUCUGGAUCGGAACCGAGUACACAACUCUGGGGCUUUACAAGGAGAUUCCUCAAGAAAACCUCUUAGAAGACGACUUCUCUCCUGUCAUGCUCUCCAAGGCUGUCAAGAACUCGAAGGAGCAGAAGAUGAUGGAAGCCGCUCACAUACGAGACGCCGUAGCGUUGAUCCGGUAUUUGGUGUGGCUGGAAAAGAACGUGCCCAAGAACUCAGUGGAUGAGGCGUCCGGAGCAAAUUACCUGAACACGUUACGUAGGGAAGAACUGCACUGCAAAGGGCCAAGCUUUGAGACCAUCUCAGCUAGUGGCUUGAAUGCAGCGUUGGCUCAUUACAGCCCGUCCAAUCUUACCUCUCGAAAGCUGUCUCUGAAUGAAAUGUACUUAUUGGAUUCUGGGGGCCAAUAUUUUGACGGAACCACAGACAUCACCCGGACCAUCCACUGGGGGGAGCCCACAGCUUUUCAGAAGGAAGCCUACACAAGAGUGCUGAUGGGAAAUAUCGACUUGAGCAAACUUGUCUUUCCACCCAGAUCAUCAGGAAGACUUGUGGAAUCUUUUGCCCGCCGGCCCUUGUGGGAAGCCGGGCUGAACUACGGCCACGGCACCGGUCAUGGCAUCGGCAACUUCUUGUCCGUUCAUGAAUGGCCUGUUGGGUUCCAGUCCAACAAUGUUCCUUUGGAUAAGGGGAUGUUCACUUCCAUAGAGCCUGGUUAUUAUCAUGAUGGGGAAUUUGGAAUCCGUCUUGAGGAUGUUGCACUUGUGGUACAAGCUAAGACCAAGUAUCCAGUGAAGGAAGAACCCUACCUGACCUUCAAGGUGGUGUCCCUGGUGCCCUAUGCACGGAACCUCAUCAAUGAGAGUCUCCUCUCCCGGGACCAGAUCCAGUACAUCAACAAGUACUACGAGACCAUCCGCCAGAUCAUUGGGCCUGAGCUGCAGAGACGUCAGCUGGAGGAGGAAUACCGGUGGCUGGAAAAGAACACAGAGCCUUUCUCUCACGCCUCACUGCUGGCUGCUUCUUUGGGCACCUUGGCAGUGAGCACCCUGGCUUCUGGCCUUCUGCCAGCAGCUCAACAUUGAUCCGGGAGCGCCCCACAACUUCCUUGCUACUCUGUGCCCUGUGAUCCUGCUCUCCUUGCGCGAUCCACCUCAGUCCCCGUAUCUCACCGGCCUCCAUUCUGGGCCUCUAAACAUCGCAAACAAACCUUCUUCCCCUCACAGUCGGGAUCACAAGAGUCUCCUGCCUCUGGUUCCAGGCCAGGAACUGUAUAAAUCCACUCUCUGUUUCUCUCCUUGGGAGCCCAGGUGGAGAAGAGGCUGAAAGAAGGAAGG